AUGGCCGACGACGAACCUCAACAAACGCCUACUCCGGCCAAGACGCCGACCGGCAAGAAAGGCAAACGACCCUCGGCUCCUGAGAGGGUCGAGUCAGAAGUCUCAACAACAGAGGAUGACCAAGGUUACGAAUCUCGGUCUCGGUCACAGUCGCGACGGAGAAGGCGACAGAAUCAACGUCAGAGGACUGCUCAGGCCAAGGCGCAAUCCGGUGGUGGAAAUGCUCGAUCCAUGGCCUCAAUCGACGAGGGCAAUGAGCCGCAACAACAAUUACAGCGCCAGCAACCACAAGAACAAAAUCUCCCACCCAAACAGUACGUCGACAAGGAGCAUCCACAGUGGUUGAAGAACCCGGCGCCUCAAGACAUCACGGAAGAACAACCUUUCGAGUACAUCAAACCUCCGGGACAGUCCAUGAUUGGACCCGUCACCUAUGCACGCAUGUUACGUGGUGAGAUCCCAUGGAGAGGCCCGCCUCCAUCACAACCUCUGGAGACCGCGCAAGCCUUUGACGCCAAGGACUCCUCUGGCAAAGAUCCCAUGGACCAGGAUGGCUUGAAACUCCGAAUUGAAUUGAAUUUGGACAUUGAGAUUGAGCUCAAGGCGCACAUCCAUGGCGACUUGACUCUGGCCUUGUUGUAA